GAAACAAAAUUGUAGACCUGCACCAGGCUGGGAAGACUGAAUCUGCAAUAGCAUCAGUAGAACACGCCUGACUCUCCUCCACCAGUCAUUCAAGGAGAACGAUCUAAUUCCUCCCAUCAAAAAGCGAGCCGGCCCAAGCAAGCACAGGUUACACCUGAAGCAUGAGGACUUACAGCGAGUUGUGAACUUCAUCAAAACUACACAGAGGAUAUUGUAUUAAUAGUAUUACCAGGACGCCACGAAGGACACAUGUUGCCAUCUCAUGUGACAAAAGCAGCACUGUGGAAUCGAUGACACCACUUGAUGCACUAUCCUUCUGACCCUAAGCAGCCAGGUCCCAUCUAGUUUUUAACUCGUUGCAGGUGUGGCUUGUUUGGUGUCUGCUGUGAAGGAAUACCACAACAAGUCAACUACUUGAUUGAUGAAGGCAUGUCAUCUAGCAAAGGCAGCAGCACAGUCAUCAACUACAUGCACCAACUACGGAGUUUGGGAAACAUGUGGGGGCCUGAAUUGUGAUAACUGCAGUGACCAGAACAAGAUUGUGCUGCUCCACCACAGUCUGGACCUUCACUUCCUGAUCACAGGCCACAUCAAGUUUGCCCCCGACUGGUGCUUCGGCCUCAUUAAACAGCGCUUCACAAAGACCAGUGUGAACACUUUGUCUGAGAUUUCUGGUGUUGUGAAGGACAGCACUGUGAUAGGGAUCAACAGCCCACAGCUGGUUGGACUGGAGGAUGGUACGGUGCUGGUGGAAAGCUAUGGCUGGCAACAACACCUGACUACGUACUUUAGGCCACUGCCACAGAUCAAGCAGUAUCAGCACUUCAGGCGAACAUCAUUUUCAUUGCAUUGGAUGAGCUUCGAUUCUCCGGAGCCUGGUAUUGUUGUCGCCAAGGAGCUUUUGGACUCAGUCGGGACCAGGUUUCAGCUCCUGCGCAAGGCUGACAUCCUUCCUCCCAUAGAUGGUCUGCCUGUACAAGCACCACCUGGACUGGACACAGCUAGACUAACUUAUCUUUAUGAGAAGCUUUGAAGAAUCUAAAAUAUAUUUGGAUUUGUUUAACACUUUUUUGGUUACUACAUUAUUCCAUGUGUUAU